AGUAAACAAAUGGCGCUCCGCACUCUAAACUGUAAAAUUAUUCAAAAUGUAAGCCGAAUACGCUUAUUUAAGAGUUCAAAAUGCCCGGACAGAAGAGAAAAUAUAAUGUUCGCUUUCCACCCGGACGCAUCAAGAAAAUAAUGCAGAAGGAUACAGAGGUUGGACGAAUCGCUACAGCUGUACCAGUCAUCAUAUCUAAAGCUUUAGAAAUGUUCCUCAGAUCCCUUCUCACCAUGACCUGUAAAAUAACCCAAUCCAGGAACAGCAGAGUGAUGUCCAUCAAUCACAUGAAACAGUGCAUUCAUUCAGAGAAGUUGUUUGACUUCCUGAAUGAUUUGGCAGAUCAGGCCUCCACUGCAUCAACAUCAGAGUGCAAAACUAAGGGCAAAUGGCAGUCACACAGGAAACGGUGGCAAAGUGUGUCUAUCAAAGCCAGGUCACCGGAGAGGGAGGAGCCGCCUCAGAAAGCCACCAAUGAUCUGGUCAUCAACAGCGAGUCAUCCAGUGAGUCUGAGCUGUUCAUCUGCUUGGAAACUCGUUCACCUUGACCGGGCAUUUGAAAAGUUUGACAAGAUCGAACAAUCUCUUGCUGAAAACUGCAGUAUUAUUUAUGAAGACCCAACAUCUUUCGGGAGGGUUAUUGUUAUUCUUAGCAUCUGAUAUAAAUAUUUCAUUUUUAAUUUGUGAAAUUGCUGUUGUGGUAUUAUAUUGACCAUGAAAUUAAUGAUAAAAUUUUUGUUU